CCCUCCUCGCCCCCCCCCUGCCGGCUAAAAGACACCACGAAGGCAAAGCGGGGACCCCCGAGAGCCCCCCGGCUCUGCCCCCAAGGUCUGGGGAGCAGGAGGAAGGAGGCAGUGCCGCUGCCCCAUUGACCCCAUUGACCCCAUUGACCCCAUUGACCCCGCCGUGCGCCCCCCUGCACCCCACACCGCCUGAGUUCGAUGACUCCGACUACGAGGACAACAGCGGCCCCAUCAUGGCCCAGCAGGAGGCCAGCGAGGAGCAGGGCUGCAGUUUGAGCAGCGAGGAGGAACUGCUGGAGGGCGAGGAGACGCCUGGGGGCAGCAGCCCCACAGCUGGGAGCCCCGACCCCACAGCGCUGCUCUGCCCCCCCAGGUGGGCGGGGUGGCUGGACAAGAUGGCGCCCCAAGGGCACUACCUGUACCAGCGCCGCUGGGUCACCUUGGACUCCCAGUGCCUGCGUUACUUCGCCAGCGACAAGGACGUUUUCUCCAAGCGCUUCAUCCUCAUCUCCUCCAUCUCCCACGUGGCCGCCAUUGGGGAGCAGAAGUUCGAGGUGGUCACACAGAGCCGCCAUUUUGUCUUCCGCGCCGACAGCGACGCCGACCGCUCCCAAUGGCUGUGGGCGCUGCAAUCGGCCCUGGAGGAGCGGCAGGAACGAAUGGGGGAUCGAGCGGCCGACCCCAAUAACAACGACCCCAUAAGCGACCCCAUAAGCGACCCCAUAGGCGACCCCAUAGGCGACCCCGAAGGCGCCGAGGCCAAAUGCGGGCAGCUGGAGCUGCGCGGCUUCAAACAUGGCGUCUUCGUGGUGCUGCGCGGCGGCGCCCUGCUGCUGUACAGGAACAGGGAGGAGCAGCAGCAGGGGCUGGGCAUCACGCGCAUCCCCAUGGCGCUGGGCUCCGUGCGCGACGCAGAGCGGCGCAGCUUCCAGCUCCGCACCCCAUACGGCACCUUCAGGUCGGCUGCGGCACGGCGACAAAAGCAGCCCUGCAUUACCCCAUAGCUGC